UUCCUUUUCGCACGAAUUGCACUGAAAGUGAAGCAUAACCUCAAAAGUUGAGUUGGCAACCCUGUCGCGAGGCGAGGAAAUCUUUGAUGUCGAAUGUCCGCCGAGCGCGAGGGACGAGACAGGAUCCCGCAGCCUGUCUCCAAGUGGAAAAAAGAUAGCCAAGUUUAAUGUCGCGGUGGAUCGGAUUUGAAAAAGUUUGAGCCUCUUAAGAAGUGGUUCCGGGUCUCGGUAAUCUUUUUAGUAGACUCGGUCGGCGGAUCGACGGGGACGGCGGGACGACGAUCACUCCCUGUCGAUGAGCUAUAAUGGAGGUUUUAUUCUGUCGUCCUCUGUGCGGCGAAGAGGACCCCGGGAAUGUGCAGGGCAGUGACUAGGGUCUUCCUGGUAGUGCAAGAGUGCGGAAAAGUGUUCCGGGAGAGUGAAAAGUGGCCAAAAGCGAUGGACUGGUCCGAUCUAUUUUACCAAUUUUACCUGUGUGACACUGACACGCGACACAGUAGCCAUUGAAAUUAUUGUGACCUGUGCGUGUGUCGAGUGUACAAAUCGAAAUUUUCACCGGUAGCCUCAAAAUUCCCGGAAAAUGGGGAUUGAUCCUCUGAAAGUAGUUCGUGGAACGUGAUCUUCCGAGUUUGUAAAAAAGUGAUAGAAGUAUAAUAAAUAUAGGAUAAAAGUAGAGUAGGGUUUGAGGAAGUGCAUUCUAACCUCCUUUUUUUGGAGUAAAAUUAAGUGAAUUCGCGUUUUAAUUCGACCGGACGAGUUUGACGAUUCAUUUUUUUUUCGUGAGACUGUCUUAUAGAUAUUUAUUUAUUAGGCAGGAGACUCGAUAAGGGAUUAAUAUGCAGAAAAGGGACAGCAGGGACGGUCGAGGAAAAGAGGAGGGUGCUGAUCGUGACCUCAAAAGGGCAUCCCGGGGCAGCAACAACAUGCACUCCUCCAGGCACGGCGUUACCUCCUCCGGGAACAUGCUCAUGGUCGGUCCCAACUUCAGAGUCGGGAAGAAGAUUGGCUGUGGUAACUUCGGGGAACUUCGACUCGGAAAAAACCUUUACAAUAAUGAGCACGUAGCAAUUAAAAUGGAACCAAUGAAAGCGAAGGCGCCACAGCUCCACUUAGAAUAUAGGUUUUACAAAGUAUUAGGUACACAUGUUUAUAACGCGCAUAUAGAAGGAGUCCCGGAGGUUUAUUAUUUCGGUCCGUGUGGGAAAUUCAACGCGUUGGUAAUGGAACUCCUCGGUCCCAGCUUGGAAGAUCUUUUUGAUCUCUGUGGAAGAAGAUUCACCCUUAAAACUGUUCUCAGCAUUGCCACACAACUCCUCCAUAGGAUAGAAUACGUACACAGCCGACAUCUAAUUUAUCGGGAUGUUAAGCCUGAAAACUUCCUAAUAGGACGUAGCACUACGAAACGAGAAAAAGUUAUUCACAUUAUCGAUUUUGGAUUGGCCAAAGAGUAUAUAGACUUGGAAACAAAUAAGCACAUACCAUACCGGGAACACAAGAGUUUGACUGGGACUGCGCGAUACAUGAGUAUCAACACUCACUUAGGAAAAGAACAAAGUAGGAGAGACGAUUUGGAGGCCUUGGGUCACAUGUUCAUGUACUUCCUGAGAGGAAGUCUGCCCUGGCAGGGACUGAAAGCCGACACUUUGAAGGAGCGUUAUCAGAAAAUAGGUGAUACGAAACGAGCGACUCCCAUAGAAGUUCUCUGCGACGGCCACCCCGAAGAGAUGGCCACUUACCUUCGCUACGUCCGGAGGCUCGACUUUUUCGAGACUCCCGACUACGAGUACCUGAGGAAGCUCUUUCAAGACCUGUACGAAAGAAGAGGCUUCGCCAACGACGGCGAAUUCGACUGGACCGGCAAAAGCAUGUCGACGCCAGUUGGAUCCUUGCAGACAGGGCACGAAAUUGUAGUAUCGCCCAAUCGAGAUCGACAUCCCACCACUUACAAGGACGCGGCAGGUGGAGGGGUGGGAGGAGGGGGCGGUAAGGGGGUGGGACCCACGUGGUCGGAUACAGCGAAGCAAUCAGGGGCUGGUGGCACAUUGACACCCGCUGACAGGCAUGGUUCUGUACAGGUGGUUUCUUCGACAAACGGUGAAAUAGGGAACGACGAUCCUACGGCCGGACAUUCAAACACGCCAAUUACGACGCCCCAGGAAGUCGAGAUGAUCGAUGAGACCAAAUGUUGCUGCUUCUUCAAGCGGAAGAAGAAGAAAAGUGGAAGACAGAAAUGACUGUCAGUAUCGGUGAGACUUGGGGGGGUAGUACCAAAUGCGGUUAUUAGUGCCGCGGGGGGAAACGGAGGAAAAGUCGGAGCUCACACCGGGAAAGUUGGUGGCCGAGGAGGAGGAGGAGGACGCGAGAACAGCGCUGAUCUUGAGCGCGAAGCUGUCACCUUGCUGAGAGCGAGCAGCCACUCGGCAUCUCGUGACUCUGUUCUCAACACCACCAUCACUAUGACUCCUGCGCCCACACCUCCCCCCUUGUCCAACUAAAAUACCGCACAGCCAUUACAAUAAUUGUUGCUACGAAAUCACUACUAUUUGCUAUUAUUCAUCAUCAAAUCAUCGCCCAAACAUGCAUCAUCGCCCAAACUCACCGCAUCGCCCAAACUCACAUCAUCGCCCAAACUCUCAUCAUCGCCCAAACUCACAUCAUCGGCCAAAUUUCUCAAUACCGAGAUAGAUAUCCCGACUCAAAUGUUCACCGAGAGUAGUUCAGUCGCCUUUCGUUAUCCCGGAUCGAAAUCUUCUCUCCUUUUCCAUCCAAUCCAGUAGAGUUUAAGGAAUUGACGUGCCGAUCUUUUCUUUUUUUGGUGAAGCAAAUGACACUCGUGUCUUUCAUUUUUUUUUUAAGUGUAUCCCUUGCAUCGAGACGAGAGUAGUCGGUUUUCCACCAUUUUUCCUCUGUGUACUCUAUUCAGUUUUUUUUGUUUUUUUUUUGUCAUGACUGCUACUAAAAGUUUCUAGGUUUUUGCAUACGAGAUUUGGAAAAUGUUUUGGAAUUCAAGAGCUGGUUUUUCGGUUUCCAGCUGUGGGUUUUCUGAUUGGGGGCCUGGUAGGAAAAUUUCCCCGAGUGGAGAUUUGAUGAGUUUUAAAUUUGUGAGGGUUUCCUUUUUUUUGUUUGAUGAUUUUAAAGAAGAUUUUUACACUUAAUGUAAUGAAUUAUUUACAAUUUUCCGGGGGCUUUCUCUCCGAAUUUGGAGUUUUUUUUAGUAGUAACCACUAUUGAAUUAAAUACAUUAUGUUUUUGAAUUCACUCGAAUUCAUUGGAAUUCUUUUCAAUUUAACCUGCUAAAUUUGAAAUGAUUUCUCUCCGCU